AUGGCUCUCCAAAUCACUCUGUUUCCAAGCGCAGGGUUCACAGUUGGCUACACCGCGUAUCAUUGGGCUCUAAACGGAAAAAGCAUAGCCAUGUUCAUGCAUUCGUGGGCUUCCAUUUGCCGGAGCGGUGAGGACUCCGGUUUGCUACCGGAGCUCACGCCAGUCUACGACAGGACCUGUAUCAAAGACCCACUGAUCUCAAAGCAACUUACUUAA